AUGGCUAAAAUUUUAUUUUUAGUUUCAUUAAUUUGUAUGAUUGCUGCUUGUUCAGCCUCACAUUUCCGUUUUGGUAGUAUUUCAUGGUCUCCAGCUUCACCUACCAAUUAUAAUUAUAUCAAUUUCAAUAUUUUACUUGGAUACAAGAGAAACUACGGAUCCUUCUAUAAUGUCACAGUCGGUGAUUACGUAAAAGGUGGAUCUAGAUACAAUCAAUAUAACUAUACCGGAUCAGAUCUGGGUACCAUUACUUUUGGAUACAAUAACCAAAGAGUAACUCCAAUCUGUUAUGUAAACUCCAUUAAUGCCAAUGAGGAUUGGUUCACAUGUACUAUGGUCGCCCAGUUCACAUAUCCAUCUUCCAAAGGUAAAUACUCUGUAUCUUUCGAUGGUUCCGCUCGUUUGUCCUCUUUGAUCAACAACGCCAACCAAAACUACAGAUGUCAAACCACCGUUACCAUUACACCGCCACCAGGUAUUACCUACGACUCUCCAGUUUCCGGUGUACUUCCAAUUAUCACCGUUAACAGAGGUGUUUUAAAUACCUUCCAAAUUGUCGCAUCCAACCCACUGGCAAGCUUGAACCAAAAUUUGACAUACUCAUUGGCCACUGGUUCAAUGAUGGGUUCCUCCUAUCUCGCCAAUCCCUCUGGAUUGACCGUGUCCACCGGCGGUAUUGUUUCAUUCACACCAACACAAACCGGUCUUUAUUGCGCCCAAAUUAUUAUUGACGAUGGUAUCGACUAUGUCGUAACCGAUUUUAUUUUGAACUCUGUUGUUCAACCAAUUUCCCCACCAUACUUCUUUGGUCUCACUCCAGGAGAUGGUAGCCUCAUCAGAGCCAAUGUCAACCAAACCACAACCUGGACAUACGAAGCCAAAUCCAAUAAUACCAACCUUGGUGUUACAAUUUACUCGGCCAACGUUCCUGCUGGUGUUGAAUGUUCUAAACAAGAUAAUCCAAAUCCAGGAAGAAUCGACUGUUCAUGGACUCCCUCCAUCAACAAUGUUGGUUCAUAUGUCGUCUCCCUUGGUCUUUACGAUUCAGCUGGUACUCCAAUGCAAGGUCAACGUUCAUUCAUUUUAACUGUUCAACAACCACAAUGUGGUAAUGGUUCACCAAUCCAAAAUUGUGUUGGAAAUGAAUGCUGUAAAUGUGACCCCGGAUUUGAUACAGCAUCCAAUUGCUUCGAAUGUUUACCAGGUUUUUGGGGUCCAAAGUGUCAAACGAACCCACCAUGUAAAAACGGUACAGUAAGUGAAGGAACUACCGGAAACGGUGCUUGCAUUUGCUACAACGGUUACACAGGUGCCGCUUGUGACAUUGUCCUCUCACUCUACUGUAACUCUGCGGAUACUACUGGAUUGACUUCUGCCGAUCUCUCCCAAGGUUACUUGAAUCCACAAAACAUGAUUGUCUAUGUUUCCAAUACUGGUCCAUCAUACACACUCCCAGUCAACUUGACUUUGCCAUCGCCAUUGCCAUCUGUUGAUGUCUAUGUCCUUAUCGAUGCUGCUCCAACCAAUACCGCCAUUCAAAACGAUUACAAGAAUUACAUUACCACAUUUGUAAACUCAAUCCAAUCCUACUCUGACAAUGUCCGUCUUGGAUAUGGUACCUACUCCGAUGCUCUCUCUGGCUAUGUAUUCCAAAACAAAUUGGUCAUUGGGUCGACCAUCAAUAUCGAUAUCCAAAAUCUUCCAUACGUCAUCUCGACCACCUCCACCGGUAAUGGUUUGGCUGCCCUCCAAAAGGCCGCUGAAACAUCUGUAGGUUGGCGUGCUGCUUCAUACCACUCAUUGCUUAUCAUCACCGAUUCCGAUAUUGUCGCACCAACCCAAGCCCUUAGCGAUGCAGUAACUGAUGCCUUGAUCAAGAAUAACAUUGUUCCAGUUGUUAUCGGUGUCAACAAUGCCAAGCUCGACAAUUGGAAUGCUUUCCUCACUGCCAACAAAUUUGGUAAAUCUGCUGUUUCCAAGAACACCAACUCCAACGAUUGGGCAUUGACAGCCAACAAAUUAAUCCAAUCCUCAUUCCUUGAAAUCUCUCCAGUUGCCAAUAUCAACCCAGAAGGAUUUAUAUUUAACACUCUUCCAAAACAAACCAUCACUUUGCCAGGAGUCAUUAACCUCGGAUUCCAAGUAAAGAUGCCAACUACCCCAGUUGCCACCAAUCAAGGACAAGCUCAAAUUACCGUUCCAGGUUAUGGUGAUACCAAUCUCAUCUUCAAGUUCAACCAUGCUCCAACUGCUUCACCGGGUGUUGUCACUGCUCUAAGAAACAAAGAUACUCCAUUCACAUUCCUUGUCAGUGAUCCAGAUGCCAAUCAAUUGGAUAUCAAAUUUGUAAGUUUACCAGACAAAGCCGUUGCAAGUAUUACUGCCAAUGGUGUUACAGUCGUUUUGGGAGGUUCAUACCUCUCCACCUCAACAUUCUUGGUCGUUCCAGCAAAGAAUGCCAUGGGAUCCACUUCUUUCAACUAUGAGGUUACUGAUCGUUGUUUGACCGCUGCUUCAUCUUUCAGUGUCAAGGUUAUUGACGACGGCGCUGGAACUCCACCAAACGCAUUCCCAACCAAUGUCUCAACCAUCCAAAACACACCAGUCGCAUUCCAAUUCAACUUUACCGAUGACAACAAACCAGCAUCAAAAUGUGUUAUCAACUUGAUUACUCUUCCAAAGAACGGUCGUAUUACCUAUCCAAAUGGUAAUGCUGUACCAGUAAAUACCGACAUCGAAGUUGGAACCUUCACAUACACUCCCAACACUGACAAAUCCGAUGCCGAUACCAACGAUGGAAAUGGACCAUUGGAUACCAUCUACUUCACCAUCACAAAUGACAAGGGAUACUCCUCGUCAUCUGCUAUCGCCACCUUCUAUGUAUCCCCACGUAAUCCACCAGUUUACACCGGACAACUCGAAUUUAUCACUCUCCAAAAUACUCCACUUCCCAUCCUUCUCACUGGAAAUCCACCAGCCGGUAAGACUUUAUUCAAAUAUGUAUUCGAUGAAUUCAAGGGUCCAGGUAACAUGAGUUAUUUACAAUGCGCCGAAGAACCACAUUGUUACUUGCUAUUCACACCACCAUUCGAAACACUCUACAUUGCCUCGAGAGCACAAUUUCUUUAUCAACCACCAAAUGAUGUUUGGGGUAACAAGAUUUUCAACAUUUCAUUGCAUUUGGAAACCGAUGGUGUCAUUUCGGAACUCAUCAAUAUUUCCAUCACUGUUGUCCACGUACCACAACCACCAAAGAUCGUUUUGGAGACUCUCCAAGUUGUUGGAGAAGAACAAGAGUCUCCACUUAAGAAAUCAUAUGAAAUUGUUGUUAAUCAAUCUGCUAUCGUUUCAUGGUCAUCCUACGACUUGGAUACUGACAACAAUACAAUUGAGUGUAUCAUUCAAACUUUGCCACGUCGUGGUUCCCUCCACCGUUACAACGACAGCGCCGAAGACAAGCGUGGUGAACAAAUUUCACUCCUCGAGAAUAUUGGAAAGCCAACCGAUAGUGUAUGGAAAGUAGUUUAUGCACCAGUUCCAGGAACAUCAGGUCCAGGUUAUGCCACUUUCUCAUUCAAAACAUUCAACACUCUUCAAUUGUAUUCACUAACUGAACAAUUGAUUACCAACGUCAAUCCAAUCUACACACCACCAGAAAUCUUUGUAGGACAAUACAACUGGACAUCGAUGAAGGAUCAAGCAUUGGUUAUUACCAACGUAUCGUUUGUCAGUGUUGAUGUAACCUACCAAAACAUGACAAUGCUCAUCAAUAUUACCAACCAAGAUUUGUCACCAGCCAAUGUUUCCAUCGAUCUCUUUGGUCUCACUCCAGGCUAUUGCGUAUCCAAUGUCACUGGAACCUUGCUCUGUCGCGCCAGUAAGACCGUAUUGAACAACUAUCUCUCGCAAAUAAACGUUGCUUCAUCGGUCGCCGGAAACUACAUGCUCAACGUCUGGGUUGAAAACACUCAUCUCAAAUCGGUUCCAGGUCUCACCCCAGAACUCUUGACAGCCAACAAUAACCUUAGCGUUGGAUUCUCUGCAGCCGGUGUAAAGAAUACAAACAAUACCACUGUAUUGUCAGCUGCCAUCGCUGCAUCAGUCGCUGCUGCCGCUUUGAUCGCCGCCGCUGUAUGGAAAUUGGUUAAACGUGCUGCUCCACCAACCGAUGCCUUCUUUGGUGACUCUCCAUUCUCUGAAGGUGGAAUUUCAUCUAACCCAUUAUACCAAGAGUCAGCCAACUCUGGUGUCAAUCCAUUGUACGAUGCUUCCACAAACUAA